CCUGCCACCACCACCCGCGUUUACAACACCCAGCAUGCAUCGCGCGCCCACCUCCCCGCCACCUAUGGACUACAAUACCCAGCAUGCAGCGGAAGGGAGGGGUGGACGGCGGAGCUCGCGGGUCUCGCAGCGCAGAACGCGGGCGCGCGCCGGAGCAGACGGGCGCGGAGCGAUGGGGUUGUGGGCACUGAUUUUCCUCGCCGCUCUCCUCGUUCUCCUCUUCCCCCUCUUCUCCCGGGUCCUGCGCGACGCAGGAGGACCGAGCCCCUUCGCUGCCGAUGCCCGGCGCCCGCCUGCUCCGCUGGUCACCGACAAGGCUGUGCGCAGGACCGUGCUCAAGACAGUUUUCUCGGCAGAUAAAGUCCCUGCGGUGCUUGAUGCUGUCGUAGUGGGCAGCGGUGUGGGGGGGCUGGCGGCAGCGGCGCUGCUGGCGAAGGCAGGCAAGCGGGUGCUGGUGUUGGAGCAGCACGGGAAGCUGGGGGGAUGCUGCCACACGUUCAGUGAGAAGGGCUUCGAGUUCGACACCGGUAUCCACUAUGUCGGGCAGAUGCAGGAGGGCUCCAGCGUCCGCUUCCUGAUGGAUCAGCUGACAGAGGGGCAGUUGGAAUGGGCUCGGCUGCCGGCCACCUGUGACGCUGUGGUUCUAGGGGAGCCUGGCCGCAGCAGGACAUACCGCAUCUGUUCUGGAGAGCGGGAAUAUUUCCAAAACCUGAAGGAGCAGUUUCCCAAGGAGGGAGCCGCCAUCGAUGAGUUCGAGAGGCUUGUGAAGAGUGUUGGCAGAGGGACCAUGCUGCUGGGGGUCCUGAAAAUGAUCCCGCGGGCACUGGCUGUGCUGCUGUGUCGCUCGGGGCUGCUUGUGUGGCUCAGCCCCUUCUGCCGGUUGGCGUCACGCAGCUUGAAGGACGUGGUGGAUGGGCUCACCACCAACCCCGAGCUCAGGGCUGUCUUCAGCUACAUCUUCCCCGCUUACGGCGUGGUCCCCUCUAAGGCCAGCUUCUCCAUGCACAGCAUCCUGGUCAACCACUUCCUCCAUGGUGCUUGGUACCCCAAAGGCGGGGCUGGAGAAAUCGCCUUCCACACCAUUGCUGUUAUCCGGAAAGCUGGAGGUAACGUGUUCGGAAAGGCACCGGUGCAGAGGAUCCUGCUGGACUCCCAGGGCAGAGCCUGUGGCGUGAGCGUAAAGAAAGGUGAAGAUGUGGUGAACAUCUUUGCUCCCAUUAUAAUUUCGGACGCUGGGAUCUUCAACACCUACGAACGACUCCUGCCAGCAGAGGCACGGGCAUUGCCAGAGAUCCAGGCUCAGCUCCGCAUGGCGACCCACGGGGAAGGGGGUUUCACCGUCUUCGUAGGGCUUAACGGCUCAAGGGAAGAGCUGGGGCUGGAGCCUGUCAACUACUUCAUGUACCCAGGAACUGACCUGGAUGAAAUAGUGAAUGGCUACCUGGCUUCUUCCAGAGAAGAAGCUGCCAAGAACAUCCCGCUCCUCUUUGUCACCUGCCCCUCAUCCAAGGACCCCACCUGGGAAAUGCGGCACCCAGGUAAAUCCACACUGGCCAUUGUGUCCUUUGCCAAAUAUGAGUGGUUUGAGGAGUGGAAGGACAAGCCGGUUAAGAAGCGGGGAGAUGAUUACGAGGAGCUGAAGAAGACCUUUGUGGACACGGUCAUGCAAGCUGUCUUCAAGCUCUACCCUCGCAUUGAGGACAGGAUCGAUUACAUCUCCGGAGGAACGCCCCUCACCAACCAACACUACAUUGCCAGCCCCAAGGGAGAGAUUUACGGCAUGGACCACGGCAUCGCCCGCCUGCAAGCUGAAGCCAUUGCCACUGUGAGGGCACAGACGGCUGUCCCCAACCUCUACCUGACAGGGCAGGAUUUGUGCUUGGGGGGCUUCGUGGGAGCCCUGCAAGGAGCCCUCCUCUGCGCCAGUGCUGUCCUCAAGCGCAACCUCUACAUCGACAUGGCGCAGCUCAAAAAGCACACGGAGGCCACCAGCUCCAAGAGGAGGGACUGAAGCCAGUUGUCCCACCAACCAGGACCUCCCUUGUCCCCUCUAUUCCCCUUGGUCACCCCCAGUGCCUUAUUCUCUGCUGUAAGUUGCCCAUAGCACAUCCUUCCCCAACGCAAAGCCAUUUGGAAGAUGCCAUUCCCAUUUCCACCCAGCUUGCCUUGGCCCUUGUCGACUAGAGCUCACCUCCUUCCACCACAAUGUCCGCCUCUAGUAAGGAAAAGCCAGCUUUGAUCUCAGGCCACAUCUUUUGAGGGCAAACCUCCCAGCAUAGGGAAGAAGGGCUCCACGUGAAGCAGUGGCCAGAAGUUAAGGCAACCUCAAAAACCAGGCUGGACCAGAAGACAAAAACCAACAGCCUCUACCAGCAACACCCAGGAUGCUUGAGCCCCAUUGAUGUCUGACAGCUGCAUGGACCAUCAGAAGAGCAUCAACUUUCACCUGCAUUCCCCAGGUCUCCUGAACAAGCCCCCAGGGGAUGUUUUUCCCACUUUCAGCUGGUGGCUUUGGUGCCGAGUUGGGCUCAUUAAGUUUCACUGGGCUCAUAAAGCUCCAGGUGGGACUCCAGGGGCUGUGAAGGAAGCAGCACCUCCCUGAGAUGGAGCUGAGCACAGGCUUGCCCAGGCAGUAUCAGGCAGGUUUGGUAGAGCCCCACCAGCCGCUAGAUGGACACCAGCUGCAUUUAAACAAGGAGAAACCACACCAACCUAAGCCCCAUCACUAUGGCUGCCCAGGAGAGGCUCAUGGACAUGGUCUUUUAGGGUGGUGGAAUAAGCAGGUCCUUCUCACACGCCAAGGCCAGCAUGAAGGGAUUUAAGCCAGUUUUAAAGCUAUUUAAGGUGUUUUCUUGCUGUUUAGUGCUUCCAAAGUCAUGCCUCGUUGUGGUGGAGGAGCAGAACUACGUGCUCCACACUGAUUGCGCCCCUCAAGGCUGCUGACACCGUGGUGUUGCUCUGCCCCCAGAGGCAUGCGAUAAUGCAACCCCCAAUCCUGUAGCAAUAAAGAAAUCUUAGGCUUUGUGUCUGCUGGGAGAAGCUUGGGAACAUGAUCAAAGCCCUCUCUAAA